AUGUCGGCCGCCAGGGAGCUCGACGCCCCUCACACAUUGGCUUCGCUGCCUCGACCUUUCGAUUCGACCAAUGGCCGCACUGUGGCCGCUGGAGUGCAUAGCUUGAGCGGCUCCAAGAAGAGGAAAAGGACUGAAAUCGCCACUGGGGUCGAUGGAGAGGGUGUCAAUAUAUACAGUCUUGUGACCUCCUACGCUCUCCCACCGCAUACGUACUUCACGGCAGCUCCUUGCUCUGUAUAUCGAAAAGGAUCAAAAACACGGACUUCACAACGCUUUACUUACGCGCCUGUCGCGCAAUCACUGGCGGGGUCGGACGCUCAAGUAAUUUGCUUCACCGAGGACGUCCGAAAAGGCGAUACAAAUACUUCGAAGAAGUCUACUUUCAGCAUACCCAAAGGGGCGAGCAGGGUCAUUGCACUUGAGGUCAUCCCCCUUGUGGGUACAGAGGAAAACCCUUCUCUAGAUCACGAUGUUAUCAGCAUUCACGAGGGUGGUGAAGUCUAUUGCUUCUCCGCCGACUUGAAAAGCACGCGGUGGGUCUCUGAUGCUGGCGACCUUGCUUCCACCCAAAAUGGAAAAAAAAAGAGCAUGCUCAUUGAGUACGUCUGCUUGACCACCGCUAAAGCGGUCCGCCAAGGACUAUUGAAAAGCCGUACCGACGUGUUGACCGCCCUAAACCCAUCCAUGGGUGUUCAAGAGGACUCUUUAGAUGCCACACAUAUUCUAUGCUUGGUUGCGCGCGACGCGCAGUUGCUGGAGGACAAUCCCCGCACCCUGCAAAUUCUUGCCAUCCCGUCCCGGUCUUCCGACGCCAUCACCAGCCGCCGCCUAAAGAUACAGCAUGUACUAGCUUGGGAUCUCCCUAGUAUUACUACCACUAGCAGCUCGAGCUCACAAGAUAACCCCAUUUAUUCACUCAACUCCAAAUCUGGCAUCCUGCAUCAACUCAUCCACGGCGUAAUAAUCACGUACGAUUUCUCAGGCACCAUUCCUCGAGUUUCAUCGAAAUUGGAGGUUCCGCGAACGUCAUUGCAAUCCUUCGUACAGCUCUCAUCAAGUCUUUUGUUCACAUCCUCGGAGAAAUAUUGUGGCAUAUUUGAUGUCAAAUACAACUCACUCCAGGCUCUUUGUACAUUGACGUCGAGUGACGGUAUCCCGAUAGACUCCAAGAAAAGGAAAUUGUCUUCAGACUUUGGCCCUGGAUCGGCUCCCAAGCUCUUGGCUUACUUCUCGGACAUCGACACGGUGGUAGGGUUGGCCAAGGGAGAACUGAUUGGAAUCCAAUUAGGAAUUGAAACGAGCACAGCAAGAGGAAGAAAAGAGACAGAAGCUCUUCUUAUCGACUCGAUUGGCAAGGGCCUUCGACCCAAGCGACAGAAACCCGAGCUUCCCAAACACUCUACUGAGCCGCUUGACAAAUGUGUCGCAGAUUUUCCUGAUGGCUCACAGCAAUUCCAGCGCGAGGCUAAACGUGAGGCCAAAAUGGACAAAUGUGCGAAGUCUGGCAAUGUGGCUGAGUUUGAAAAACUUUUUGGCUUCGCAGUGGGUGCUAGUGCUGAAGCCCCAAAGAAAUCGACCGAGCCAAAGUCUCUUCUGAAUGAAGCGGAUCCGGCCUCGCAGAAGCUUCUGAACGGCACCAAGACCGAUCAUCUGACCAACGGAUCUGGAGUAUUAAAAAGCAAGGACAAGGCAAAAACGGAAGUCACUAACACGUCGCGCGAUGAGUGGAAGCUUCCAAAGUCGAUGCCAGAUUCAGCCCGACACCUCUAUCGACGCCAAGCCACAUAUGCCCUUGGAAAAAUCUUUUCGUGGGCGCCAUUCGCGAACGGAGAGAGAUACUCCAAGUCGAGUCUGGCCGUCACGUCGUCAAUUGUCAUCUCAUUUUACCCCCCAAAGGUUUUCCGAUGGCUUUUGCAAGGUGGGCAUCUCACGAAGCAAUUAAUCGAGCGCGCUCUGCGAGAGCAAUCGUCGCAUGAGCUCAAGGAGAUCAAGUCUAUUGCCGACGGAGAUCUCGUUGCAGCAAUUUUCAACUUCGAUCCGAAACUUCAAACCCUGCGUUUCGUCUUGAGUCAACCGACCUUCCUACCAAUUGCCGAAGUGGUUCAGGCUGUUAAGAUUUUGAUUCAAAGUUUUGACGACGAUCGUGCUCCCCAGUCCACGCCCCGGUUACUCACCAACGGUGCGACGUCCAAUGACGACGAGAAUGGGAUGGACAUCGACUUUGAGAUUGAGAUUGAGGCAGCAACCCAAGCUCUAGACCACGCACAAUCACUACUCGAAGAAGACAAUCUUGCUACUCGCGGCCAGGCAUUUCAGCAUGCUCUUACCCGGUUGCAUUCCUUUCCUCCUCCGCUUAUCACCUCUACUCUACGCGACAAUUUGACGCAUCAUGAGAUCGGCAUCUUCACAAGCCUGCUUCAAAUCCAGCUCCAUAACGGCGGGUGGUCAUCCUACUAUAUGGAGUCCGACUCGCAUGAAAGAACUGGCGAGCUGUAUGACCACUCGAUUGUGAUUAUCGUCGCGCUUCUCACCUGCGCGCUCGAUGCGAUCGGCAUUAGCGGCUGGCUCGCGGCUGCCAACGCACCAAAUAUGGAGGAUUCGACGGCAAACUUACUUGAGACUCUGAGCCAAGAAGUCACAGACACGCUGACGGGUGUCUGGGAGACGCUGUGCUUGAAGGGCUUUGUGAGCGACUUCUUGCGGCAUGCGUGGAGGAGUGAUAGGCGGGAAAGCGAACGACGAGAGUACAUGGCGCGGAAGGAGCACAAGCCAAUUCUGGUUCCUCGACGAGAUGACGAAGAUCCCGAUGUAAUGCUUCAAGAGAACAUGCUACCUCUGGGGCCGGGCAAGCCCGCACUUCAGGGCACUAAGAUUGGGAGUAAUGGCGUAGUCGAGGUGAGGAGCAAGCGAGAGAUGGGUGCAUUGAUCAGUCGGCGCGUGCCGAAGUAUAGCGUUGAGCGGAUUGUGAUAUAGAUAUCCUGCAUCAGAUUCAAACAAAUGCGAACAGGCACAUUACUAUGGCCGU